UGAGAAUAUGUUUAUGGAGAUGUGUUUAGGAUGUAAUUACUGAGUACUUAUUAGUAUUGUUAAAGGUAUGUUUAAUGUUGAUAGUGUUUUGGUGGUGGAAGAGUUUUUGGAGUUUGGAUACGCAUCUCUAUACGGAUUAGAUUUGAUGGUCAAAUUGGUGGUGAAUUUAUGUUAUUGAAUCAGGACCGUUAAAAAUUAUGUGGUUAAGAAGUCCUGAUUGAGACUGAUACCCGGAAUCUUGCUACUGUCUCAAAGUCUAGGAAUCAAAUACUUUUAAUUUACCUUCCCCCAGAUUCUUUCUCACUCAAAUCCUUCACUUUCUAACGAUUGUCAACAUGCCCAGUCUUAUUGCAAUAAAUACAAACAAACACUUUUCUUAUUGAGAUUAUUUUACACGUCUCCUAUUGAGUAACUUAUCCAAAAAAUAGAAAAUGAAGUGUAACCAGAUUGUUGGAAGACAUUUGUUUUUCAUUUUAGUUCCUUUAUUUCUUUCUUUUCAUAAUUCAGAUGAACUUUCGAUAAUACUAGCUUAAGAACAUUGUAUUCUACUAUGAGUAUUUUACAAGGACCUGGGAGUUAAAGCCCGGGAGCUUGCGCAUUUCAUCCUUAUUCUUGAAUCUCUGCUUUGCAUUUGAUAGAUAAGACUUUUCCUCAACAAGUUGGUAAUCAGAGCAAUGAUAGAACUAAAAACUUUGAUCUGCAUGAAAUUUUUUAGGUAAAAUGCCACUUUAAUUUUCUAUUGCUGUCAUCAUGGAUGCUGUCAUCAUGGAUUAGGCCAGUCAGCUGCUAUAGAGCAAAUUUAGCUACUUUCUAUGUAAAGGAAGAAAGGGAAGUAUUUUUAUUGACUACAGAAGUGUUGUUCAUAUGGCAAGAAGAUAUGGGCCUUAUUUCGAUCCUGAGUAUGAGACCUUAAGUAUCAGGAUAAAUCCUCCAAGGGUAUCUGUGGACAAUGCGAGUUGCAAGGAUUGCACACUAGUGAAGGUUGACAGUGUCAACAAACCUGGAAUACUGCUGGAAGUGGUGCAAAUCCUAACAGACCUUGAUCUUGUAAUUACCAAAGCCUACAUAUCCUCUGAUGGCGGGUGGUUCAUGGAUGUAUUUCAUGUUACUGAUCAACAAGGCAACAAAGUUACAGACAGCAACACUAUUGGUCAUAUAGAAAAGGCAUUGUCAAUGACAUUUCUUCUCAUGUAUUUUUUGCACCUAGCAUAUAUCAGAGUUUUACUUUUGGGACUCUAUGACUAUUCAGAGCACAGCAAAAGUCAAGCAACUAUUCACAAAUCCUUGGCGCUAGGACCUGAAGGUUACACAUCAGGCAUAUUGAAGACUUGUCCCGGUAGAAAGGUAGGAGUGAACUCUGUGGGUGAUUACACCACCAUUGAGCUUAUAGGAAGCGAUCGUCCGGGUCUUUUAUCAGAAAUUUCUGCUGUACUAGCCAAUCUUCAUUUUAAUGUCGCUGCUGCUGAAGUUUGGACCCAUAAUAGGCGCACAGCAUGUGUCCUUUAUGUCAAUGAUAAUUGUUCAUCACUUGAUGUGGAUGAAGAAUCCAGAUUAUGUGUCAUGGAAGAGCAACUCAAUAACAUUCUUCGUGGACGGGAGGAUGAUGAGAGUGGGGCUCAUGCUACUUUCACAGUUGGCAGUACUCAUGUUGAUCGGCGGCUUCAUCAGAUGUUCUUUGCUGAUAGGGACUACGAAGGUGGUUGUCUUGAAAUGGAGAUAGAAUACCCUCCUAACUUCAAACCAGAAGUCAGAAUUGAAAGCUGUGUCGAGAAAGGGUACUCAGUGGUCAGUGUCAGUUGCAAGGAUAGACCAAAGCUUAUGUUUGACAUUGUAUGCACCCUCACAGACAUGCAGUAUGCUGUUUUCCAUGCCACUAUCUCAUCUGAUGGUCCCUAUGCAUCACAGGAAUAUUUUAUCCGCCACAUGGAUGGUUGCACUCUGGAAUCUGAAGAGGAGAAAAAGGUUGUGAAGUGUCUUGAAGCUGCGAUUCGGCGAAGGAUAAGUGAGGGUUUUAGUCUAGAGUUAUGUGCCAAGGACCGAGUUGGCUUACUUUCUGAAGUUACGAGAGUCCUACGAGAAAAUGGGCUAUCAGUGACUAGAGCUGGAGUCACAACUAUCGGGGAGAAAGCAAAGAAUGUCUUCUACGUACGAGACGCAUCUGGAAACCCUGUAGAGAUGAAGACAAUUGAAAGACUACGUGAAGAAAUUGGACAGACAAUGAUGCUUAAUGUGAAGAAAGUCCCAACAUCUGCAAAGGUAGCUGAAACUGGUGGUUUGGCUAAGACAAGCUUUUUCUUCGGAGGCUUACUGGAAAGAUUCCGUACUUAGAAAUUCAUCUACAAAGAGAUACCUACUUGUAUAGAAGAAUAAAGCACUUGAGUGAAGUGUAUAAAUGUGGUAAGGUAUCCCUGUUAAAAUGCAUGUAGAUACAUUGAGAAUUUACCUUGUCAAGAUAAACAAAGGGAAAAAGGAAUGGGUCUCUCCCAGUCUUACUCUAUGCAGAA